GGUGCUUUGUUGGUGACACUGUCAGUGAUUUAUUUAGAAUUCAAGGCACACUUAAUCAGCAUGGCUACCGCAGAAUUCUGCAGGGAUAUGCCAUCCCAUCAGGUUUGGGCUUAAUGGGACUAUCAUUUGUUUUUCAACUGGACAAUGACCCAACACACCUCCAGGCUGUGUAAGGGCUAUUUGACCAAGAAGGAGAGUGAUGGAGUGCUGCAUCCUCCACAAUCACCCAACCUCAACCCAAUUGAGAUGGUUUGGGAUGAGUUAGACUGCAGCGUGAAGGAAAGGCUCCUGAGUGGCGCAGCGGUCUAAGGCACUGCAUCUCAGUGCUUGAGGCGUCACUACAGACACCCUGGUUUGAUUCCAUGCUGUAUCACAACCGGCCGUGAUUGGUAGCCCCCCUUUCAACCUCCUCCUUUUCCGCAGCAACCAGUGAUCCGGGUCAACAGCAUCAAUGUAACAGUAUAACUUUAGACCGUCCCCUCGCCCCGACACGGGCGCGAACCAGGGACCCUCUGCACACAUCAACAACUGACACCCACGAAGCGUCGUUACCUAUCGCCCCACAAAAGCCGCGGCCCUUGCAGAGCAAGGGGCAACACUACAUCUAGGUUUCAGAGCAAGUGACGUACCUGCUAACUAGCUAGCCAUUUCACAUCCGUUACACACACAAGAUAAAUGCAUGCACGAGACGCGUGUUUUUAUGGUUCUGCGCAUGCUUCAGGUGAUAGAAAUAUAAACACGCUACUAGCGCGUUGAGAAGUUGUAGUUAAACUUUCCUGUGGAUAUAUUGUCUCACAUUCAAAUCGGCGUAACUCGUUGUGGAAAGUAUCAGAAUCGACCAAUUUCCGAGUUGUCUACAACGCCGCAUACCCAUUACACGCGCAUCACGUAGCAGUAGCAGAGACGGUAAGAGGAGACACGCGCGUCACGUAGCAGUAGCCGGAAGAGGAAGCGCGACACACUACUUCCUCAUUUUUUCUGGUUACAUUCAGUCAAAGAACUAAGCAAACCAGACCGAGCUGCAUUGUCUAUGGGAGAACCUCCCCGUUAAGCAGACCGGAACGGAGCAUUUUAUUUCCAAUCGUAAACGGCUUGAGUGAACUAUCUUUAUUUUUCCAUCAUCUUUGGCGUUAGUACAUUUCACUUCUCUCCUCGGAUUUUGACAGCGGGACUGAUACGUUUUCAGAAAAUAGGAUUAAAACCACUCGCUAAGAGUGUUGCCGUUGACUAGGGCCUGAGCCAUUUCACCAGCCUUGUUUUGUUGUCUUCAAGACGUCUAUUUUCUGCAUACCCAGAAUGACACAGAUUGGAUUAAACACAGAGGACUGAUCCAAAGAGGUGUGUCACGAGCAGGUAAAACCGAGAGCCUGGGGCAAAGAAGAAAGACAAGACAAGGAAUGAUGACUUACAACAACAGAGAACUGGUGGUAUACUAUAUUACCUAUAAACUAUCACAGAGAGACUGCCCCUUCAACCACAUGGAGCUCACAGAAGCCCAGAAUCGGACUGAGGGGGGACAGGUGGAAGGGGAUGCGGCAGUCAUGACAUACGUCAACGGGACGAGUCCACCACGGCAGUCGCCCCCCUCCUCCCCUCGGCGGACAGCGGGCCUGGACGCAGUGAAAGAGGCAUUGCGGGACUCUGCCAACGAGUUUGAGCUGCGUUAUGCCAGAGCUUUCAGUGACCUGUCCUCCCAGCUACACAUCACGCCGUCCACAGCCUAUCAGAGCUUUGAGAACGUGAUGGACGAGGUGUUCCGCGACGGUGUCAACUGGGGACGGGUGGUGGGCCUGUUUGCCUUCGGAGGGGCCCUCUGUGUAGAAUGUGUGGACAAGGAGAUGAACCCCUUGGUGGGAAGGAUCACAGACUGGAUGACCGUCUACCUGGACAACCACAUCCAGCCCUGGAUCCAGAGCCAAGGAGGAUGGGACCGGUUUGCAGAGAUCUUUGGGACGGACGCUGCAGCCGAGAGCAGGAAGUCUCAGGAGAGCUUUAAGAAGUUUCUUCUGGCGGGGAUGACCCUGGUCACAGGAGUCGUCGUAGGGUCACUCUUCGCUCAGAAACGCCUGUGAGAACGACAGCCACAACAGACGCCGUCUUGUAGGCGGGGAAAUGAAGGAAUUGGUUGACUUUUCUUAAUUCUCCUUUAAUUUCCAAGAAAAUACAUUAUGUUUGAAUCUUACAUCCCACCAUACACUGAGGACUCUGACAAACUGUUGAAGAGACCGUGAUGGUCACUUAUGUUACCCUCAUCAAAGACCUCCCUGCAACACCCUAAAACACAAGAAAAUGGAGGGAGGAAUCUAGAAGUGUCUUGGGCCAAACCUUCCUCUUUUUCCUUUUGUCUACUCUUUCCUGGUGACCUUUUCUCCAAUUGCUGUAUUAAUUAGUUUUUACAAAUGUAAAAGUGAUUCAGAAACAAGCUAGCGCAUCAUAUUAGGCGCAUUGGCCUGAAAUUAGUGAGGUCAUUUAAUUUGUCGUGUGUGAUCAUUGGUUUGUUUUUUAUUUUGAUUUCUUUUUUACCAUUAAAACCCACGUGAUCAUU